UUGACGGCUGUCGAGGCAUAGACAAACAAAUAGUCUUUCUGCUGACCGAUUGCGAACAUGGCGGUCGGUAAAAAUAAAGGCCUGUCGAAAGGCGGUAAAAAGGGUGUUAAAAAGAAGAUUGUGGAUCCUUUCACUCGCAAGGACUGGUACGAUGUUAAGGCACCGUCUAUGUUCACCAAGAGACAAGUGGGCACCACCCUUGUCAACCGUACCCAGGGUACCAAGAUCGCGUCCGAAGGUCUGAAGGGACGUGUGUUCGAGGUGUCCCUCGCUGAUCUGCAGGCCGAUACUGAUGCGGAAAGGUCUUUCCGCAAGUUCCGUCUGAUCGCCGAGGAUGUGCAGGGCCGUAAUGUUCUGUGCAACUUCCACGGCAUGGACCUCACCACUGACAAGCUCAGAUGGAUGGUCAAGAAAUGGCAGACGCUGGUGGAGGCCAACAUCGACGUGAAGACCACGGACGGUUACCUGCUCCGUGUGUUCUGCAUCGGCUUCACCAACAAGGAUUCCUUGAGCCAGAGGAAGACCUGCUAUGCUCAGCAUACUCAGGUCCGUGCUAUCAGGAAGAAGAUGUGCGAGAUCAUCACCCGUGACGUGACCAGCUCGGAACUCAAGGAGGUGGUCAACAAGCUGAUCCCCGACUCCAUCGCCAAGGACAUCGAGAAGGCAUGCCACGGCAUCUACCCGCUGCGCGAUGUCUGCAUCAGAAAGGUGAAGGUCCUGAAACGGCCGAGGUUCGAGAUCUCUAAGCUGAUGGAACUGCACGGAGAGGGCGGCGGCGGUGGCAAGCGUGAACCUGGUGACAAGUCCGAGAGGCCAGAGGGAUACGAGCCUCCGGUUCAAGAGAGCGUCUAAAUAAAUGUUGUUUUAAGGAGA